AUGAUUGAAGAAGCGAAGGUACUUAAUUGCAAAGUGAGGUCCGUUCCUUUCUUAUACUUGGGGUUACCGGUUGGGGCGAACCCAAGGAAUACAUCUACUUGGGAUCCAGUUAUUGAUAAGGAGAGUGAUGGGUUAGGCAUCAAAAAUAUUAUAACCUUUUACGUAGCGCUUUUAGGAAAAUGGGUGUGGAGAUUGCGGGUAGAGCAAGAAAACUUGUGGUAUGACAUUCUCAAGUUCGAGUAUGGGGAGAAGGACUGGAGAAUUAAGACUAGGGGUAAAAACUCAUCAAGAUGGUUGAAGGAACUUAAGGAAGAGGAGAAAACAGGAGUGGGUAGCAAUCACAAUUGGUUUACUGAUAAUGUGAGCAAGGUUUUAGGGGGUGAAGCAGAAACGUGUUUCGAUUGUUGGGUAUGA